AUGUUUUCAGUAUUUCAACUUUUCAAGGUUGUGAAUAGGGUUAAGCUUCUGGAGCUAGCAUCCGCAGCCAUGAGCAUGCUCAGGCUUCAGAAGCGCUUGGCUUCCAGCGUCCUUCGCUGUGGCAAAAAGAAGGUCUGGUUGGAUCCAAAUGAGACCAAUGAGAUUGCCAACGCAAACUCUCGCCAACAGAUCCGAAAGCUUGUGAAAGAUGGUCUCAUCAUCAGAAAACCAGUGACCGUACAUUCACGGGCGCGAUGCCGCAAGAACACCCUCGCUCGUCGUAAGGGCCGUCACACUGGUUACGGUAAGAGGAAGGGUACAGCUAAUGCCCGUAUGCCAGAGAAGCUGACCUGGAUGCGCCGCAUGAGGAUCCUUCGCCGUCUGCUCCGUCGCUACAGGGAGUCCAAGAAGAUUGACAGGCACAUGUAUCACAGUCUGUACUUGAAAGCCAAAGAUAAGGCUCGCAAGAAGCUCCUCUCUGACCAGGCAGAGGCUCGUCGUACAAAGACAAAGGAAGCUCGCAAACGCAGAGAAGAACGUCUCCAGGCCAAGAAAGAAGAAAUGAUUAAGACCUUGUCCAAGGAGGAAGAGACCACAAAGAAGUGA